AUGGAUAAUGCGAAUGUUGCUGCAAUGCCAGAGGAAAAUGAAGAGUCUGAUGAUGAAGACAUGCCAAAUGCCAAUGGUGGCGACAACAGGGGGGAGUACAACAACUGCAAUGGAUUUGAGGUCGAAGACUCAGACUCUAAUAAUGCAGAUGCAUCUAUGUCCUCUGAUGAUGAUGACUCAGUAGAAAAGGUUGGAUAUGGUCCUCAUCAUGACUUGGCAUUUUCACUGGAGGACUGUGAUUCCGUGAACGAAGAGGAGCUCGAUGCGCUAGAGGAUGAUAUGGAACAAAGCCGUGGGAUUACCACCCGAAAAAAGCUGAUGAUCUUGCCCCAGUGA